UCUCCAGUUACAUCAGCUUGCAAAUCAAUGGUGAACUCCGGAGCCAUUGUCCAUACAUAGACGCCUCCCAGAAUCACCCGCACACCACCCACCCAUCCGUGUACAUACUUAUGAGUAGUGUAUAUACGCUUUUGUAGGCGGCCAGUCAAGGUCGUUCGAUUCUCGGCCAGGCGCACAUACGAAAACGUUCUUUUUUUACGCCUCACCUUGAUUUUCAACUAUAUAUUCUUGCGUGUAUGUCUGUGCUGUUUCCAUGGCUGCCAAUCUUUGUUUAUUCCGCCUGAGAUAUCUUGCGUAUCCCGUAUUGUCGCACACUUUUUAGGCAUAAGCGGGUCCCUUCCAGAUCCGAGCUUCAGUCAGUUUCAGCGAUAUGCGCUACAUAAAGCCGGAGCCGUACUAUGAAGGGCUUCCACCAUUCAAUGUCAGCGGCAGUCCGUUCAACGUGGUGCCUAUCCACAACUACCCGGAGCUGAUGAAGGACACUUGCGCCCUGAUCAACGCCGAGUGGCCCCGAUCGGAAACGGCGCGCAUGCGCUCCCUGGAGGCCUCCUGCGACACACUGCCCUGUAGCCUGGUGCUGACUACCGAGGGCAUGUGCCGCGUGAUCGCCCACCUGAAGCUCAGCCCGAUCACCUCAAAGAAGAAGGCAUGCUUCGUGGAGUCCGUGGUGGUGGACAAGAGGCACCGCGGCCAGGGAUUCGGCAAGCUGAUCAUGAAGUUCGCCGAGGACUAUUGCCGCGUUGUGCUGGACCUCAAGACCAUCUAUCUGUCCACCAUCGACCAGGAUGGUUUUUACGAGCGCAUCGGUUACGAGUACUGCGCACCCGUCACGAUGUACGGUCCGCGUCACUGCGAGCUGCCCAGUCUGCAAAAUGCCAAAAAGAAAUACAUGAAAAAGGUCUUAUAGACGUCAACGCCAGUGGUAGUUGGCUUAGCCAAAUUGGGCCAUGCCGAGCCCGAUCAGAGAGUGGCAGUGAACUAGUCAAAUUGGCAAACGCUUGAAAUUCUUUACGGGUUUACCUGCCAGCAGCUGCUCAGAGCCAUAACCUGUGGACGCCAGGCACUCUGCCAAAUGCAGGGAUGAGUGCCACGUUCCUUGAGCGGCCUACGGGCAGCUAAAGCUUUUGAUUCCAUUACACCGAUAAGCAAACAUUCACCAAACGCUUGUGUUGAUUUUUCAAUAUUACUUUCCGCAUGUAUUUUUUAAACUUUUUGGUUCUUUUUGUAUGACAAAGGUGACCCCCGGGCUGUUCGGUACAUGUAUAAGGCUAAUGUUAACCUAAUCCUAACUAUGUUUAGCUAUUAUUAUUUGUUAUGGUUUUGUUCAAGUGUGUGCAUAAUUGCUACUAGAUGAAAAUUUACCUGCCAGCGAUGAUGAUAAUAAGAAGCUCAAGUAUCUUCCAACGAAACAUAGCAUAUAGACAUAUCGAGCCUUAGCAUUAAGCACUAAAC